AUGUUAGUUGAUCUAAACGUCAGAUGGCCUCAGGAGUCAUUCAAUAAACCUGUCAAUGAGAAAGAUAUCUCAGAAUUAAGAGCAACAUUAUUAGCUUUACAUAAUGUUGGUUAUACUCAUAUUGCAUUAAAUUUUACUGUUAGACACACAGAUAAAUUCCCUAGUAACCCCAAGGAGAUGAAUCCAAUGGACAUACAGAACCGUUUUGGAGAGUUGAUGAAAAGUACCGGUUUAAAAAUAUAUUCACGUUUAACUUUAAUUAUUGAUGAUCCAUCAAAGGGUCAAUCCCUCAAUAAAAUCUCUCAGUACUAUGAUCUGCUCGCUGCAUUGCCAGUUAGUGAGAAGGGUCUUACAUUAGCCACAACCAGUCUCGAUAUCGAUUUGUUGACGUUUGAUUAUGGUAAUAGAUUUCCUACUUUCUUAAAACACAAAAAUAUAUGUGGUUGUGUUAAACGUGGUGUGAAAGUUGAAAUAGUAUAUGGAUAUUCAUUGAGAGAUCUUUCACAACGUCGUCAAUUUGUACAAAAUAUUCGGAGUGUGAUACGUAGUUCAAGGUCUAGAGGUUUAGUUGUAAGUAGUGGUGCUCGGAAUUCUUUAGAGGUAAGAAAUAUAAUAGGUGUAACUGCAUUACUACGUACACUUGGUUUACCAAGUGAUCAAUGUUCAAAAGCCAUGGGAGACACUGCUGGGUUAGUGUUAUUAAAUGGUAGAUUACGUACAAAGAGUUACAAACAAACGGUAACCAUUGGAAGUGGGAACGUAGUAAAUGAUCUGGAGACUUUAGAUAGUAAUAUUAAAAUAGUGAAACGUUCUCGUCCAUCGUCGAAUGAUACUGAAACGUCAUCUGCCAAGAAACCCAAGAUAUGA